GCUGCCUUUCUUCCUCGUCCCGGGCUGUGCGCGCCGAGCUCGGGAUCGGGCUCCGGGUCUAGCCCUGCUCCGGGCCGUGCGCCCUUCGCUCGGCGUCGCGGUCUGGGGCUCCGUGCCACCCGCUCCCGCCUCCCAGCCGCCUGGCCGCCUCCCGGUAGCCAGAGCUCAGCCACCGAGCAGCUCGCACCAGCCGCAUCCGCGCCGCCCUUGCCGCUCGGCCCUCCGCUUCGCUCUGGGUUCCCCCCCAGCCACCGCCUGGCACCCAGGCUACCCACUGCACGACCCGUGUCCUCGCCGCCACCUCGCCUGGCCCCACUGUUCCCUCUCCUGGCUCUCCCCAGCUCUUUCUUGCCGCCGCCACCGCCACCGCCACCGCCGCCGCUGGAGCAGCGGGUCCACCGCGGGUCACCAUGCCCAGCAAAACCAAGUACAACCUUGUGGACGACGGGCACGACCUGAGGAUCCCUCUGCACAACGAGGACGCCUUCCAGCACGGCAUCUCUUUUGAGGCCAAGUAUGUGGGAAGCCUGGAUGUGCCGAGACCCAACAGCAGGGUGGAGAUCGUGGCUGCCAUGCGCAGAAUUCGGUAUGAGUUUAAAGCCAAGAACAUCAAGAAGAAGAAAGUGAGCAUCAUGGUCUCCGUGGAUGGUGUGAAAGUGAUUCUGAAGAAGAAGAAAAAGCUUCUUUUAUUGCAGAAAAAGGAGUGGACAUGGGAUGAGAGCAAGAUGCUGGUGAUGCAGGACCCUAUCUACAGGAUCUUCUACGUCUCCCAUGAUUCCCAAGACUUGAAAAUCUUCAGCUAUAUCGCGCGGGAUGGGGCCAGCAAUAUCUUCAGGUGUAAUGUCUUUAAGUCCAAAAAGAAGAGUCAAGCUAUGAGAAUCGUGCGGACAGUGGGUCAGGCCUUUGAAGUCUGCCACAAGCUGAGCCUGCAGCACACCCAGCAGAAUGCAGAUGGCCAGGAAGAUGGGGAGAGUGAGAGGAACAGCGAUGGCUCAGGAGACCCAGGCCGCCAGCUUCCUGGAGCUGAGAGGGGCUCCACUGCUCCGGCGGAGGAAACUGAUAUUGAUGCUGUGGAGGUUCCACUCCCCGGGAAUGACAUUCUCAAGUUCAGUCGCGGGGUGACGGACCUGGAUGCUGUCGGGAAGGAAGGAGACUCCCACAUAGACUCCACGGUCUCACCCAGUCCUCAGGAGCCCAUGCUGACAGCCUCACCCCGCAUGCUGCUCCCUUCUGCUUCCUCGAAGCCACCAGGGUUGGGCGCGGGGACGCCCCUGUCCACUCAGCACCAGAUGCAGCUUCUCCAGCAGCUCCUCCAGCAGCAGCAGCAGCAGACGCAAGUGGCUGUGGCCCAGGUUCACUUGCUGAAGGAUCAGUUGGCUGCUGAGGCUGCAGCACGGCUGGAGGCCCAGGCGCGAGUGCACCAGCUCCUGCUGCAGAACAAGGACAUGCUCCAGCAUAUCUCUCUGCUGGUCAAGCAAGUGCAGGAGCUGGAGCUGAAGCUGUCAGGACAGAAUGCCAUGGGCUCCCAGGACAGCUUGCUGGAGAUCACCUUCCGCUCAGGUGCCCUGCCUGUGCUCUGUGAACCCACCACCCCUAAGCCAGAAGACCUACACUCGCCACUGCUCGGUGCCGGCUUGGCUGACUUUGCCCACCCAGCGGGCAGCCCCUUAGUUGACCACAGCAUGUUUGAGAAUCUGAACACAGCCCUCACUCCAAAGCUCCAAUCCAGCCAUUCCUUCCCGCACCUGUCCAGAUCUGUGGCCCCAAACUCCAUCACCCCUGGCUCUGCAGAGCCAGGAGGACCAGGACUGAGGGUGGGCAGCAGUCAGCACCUUAAGAACCUGGGCAAAGCCAUGGGGGCCAAGGUCAAUGACCUCCUGCGAAGAAAGGAGCCCUCAAGCCUGGGCAGUGUGGGUGUGACGGAGAUUAACAAGACCGCUGGGGCCCAGCUGGCUGGUGGGGAAGAUGCGGCCUGUGGAGCCUGGCUGGAGGAUGAAAGGUCUGUCCAAGAAGCCUUCCCUCUACUGGAUCCGCCUCCUCCCAUAACCCGGAAGCGAACCCCUCGGGCCCUGAAGACCACCCAGGACAUGCUGAUCUCAUCGCAGCCUGUCCUAAGCAAUCUCGAAUACGGGACGGAAUUGUCACCUGAGCAGGCCCAGAACUCUCCCCCCACUGCCCGGCCUGUCUCUGCAGAUACCUCUCGGCCAGAGUCUAUCAGUGAAGUGGGAGAUAGGGGAGAGGCUCUGUCCAAUGGGGAGGUGUCCCUGUUGGUGCCUGACCUAAUACACAAGAGCAACCAGGAGGAAUCCAAGCUGAAAGCAAGCGAAUGCAGAAAAACCUCCUCCCCAGCUCCCAUUGAGAGGAACGGCCUCAAACUCAGCUUGAGCCCCAUCAGUCUGGCCGAGUCCUGGGAGAACAGCAGCCCACCUCCCCGGGCACGGACUUCCAGCCUUGACAAUGAGGGGCUUCACCCAGACCUGCUGUCCUUCGAGUAGUGCGCCUUGUCUUCCCUGCUGAGCACGAUCUUCACUGUUUCCUCCACUGCACACAGGUCCUUUGUCCCAGCUUUGCCACGCCCUCAUCUUCCUUGUGGAAGGCAGAGCAAAGCCCCCCUCUCUAUCUGAGGGGUUGCGGGACCAGAUGGCCACAAGUAGUCCCAGUUAGGGAGUCUGCAGAAUGGCAAAGGAUCCUACUUCUCUGUAAGAUCUUCUGGUUGCUGCUGCUGCUCAUCAUCCACUCUCAGGCUUGUCCCAGCUUCCUACUGAAUUUCAGGGCCAACUGCCUAGGAGGAUAGGUCUGGCAGGAAUUCUCUUUGCUGUCUGACUCGAUGCAUAUGUUAUCUGUUCUUUCAUCCCCACCCCAAUCCCUGAUUCUGCCCCUUUCCUCCAUAAUGGUGCCAGGACUCCCUACCUUGAUGGCAAUACUGCUAGGGAGGAAUGGUAGGUUUGGCUUGAUGAUGGGAUCAGGCCUGACUGCAACCUGAUCAUAGUUCCUUCAGUCUCUAGGCCACGUGGAGCCCUAGCCACCAUCAUUUCUCUGUUUCUGGGUUAGGGCUAGAGGAUGUUCUUCCCAGGCUUGGGGCCUUGAGGACAACCUCAAAGGUUGAACCUUGUCACCAGGGUCCCCAGGGUUUUCCCAUCCAGUUAGAUGUAGCCCUACCUCUCUGUGUAGACACUUAGGAAAAUGGUGUGGGCAGUUGUGCUUGGGUUCCUUGCUGUGUGUGUGUGUGUGUGUGUGUGUGUGUGUGUGUGUGUGUGUGUGUGAAAUCGGGGAUGGGCAGGCCCCUGCAGAAGCAGCAGAGAGUGUUCUGAUGUUAAAAGGAGAGCUCGGGAACAUGGACUGGGCCUACAAGAGCCAAGCGCAGAGAUCACAGAGAAGAGUGAAGUCAGGACUGAGAAGGGGAUCGCUGAGAAUCAGGGCAGCUUCUCAGGCCACCACACCCAGAAGGAGGUAGUGCGGGGCAGGGGGGCCUGGGAAGAGUGGGGUGGGGGGAGCCAGGGUGGAGCAUGUGAGAGACUGGAAUGUGCUGAGGGCUGUGGAGGCAGAGCAGAUGCUGGUGAGUGAGUGUGCUGCUUUAUGCUUGUGCUAAGGUUGCCUGAAUUCCCUGCAGCCCCAGGCCUGCCCAGAGAUACCCAAGCUGUUGUCCUUCAUCCAGGUAAGGGCGAUCUUCCUCUGCUUCUGCCCGCAGGAUCUGUGUAAGGAACCAACAAGGCUUGUGGACCCUUGACCAGCCCCUGUCUUUCAGGUUAACUUGCUUUGUAUUCCUUUCUCCCUCCAGGGGCCCUAUCAUGCUGUCUUCCUGUGGCCUGGAGGCUCUGUAGUGACCCCAGCCACAAGGGUCUUUGUAGCCAGAAGAGGACAUCCCUAUUCUUGAACAAGGAGGUCAGAGCUCCACAAGAAAGCUGGAGAUGGUGCGUCCAGCCAGGGCAGGCCAUGUAGCAGUUUUUUUCUACUCUCUGUGGUCCUCCCCUUUCUGCUUGCUUGGCUUCCCAUCUGUGAGAUUGGGCACACAGGUCUCACUUUCCAGUUCAACAUCACCAAUGGGCUACCCUCCUCCCAACCAGCAGAUAUCUGAGCUAACUCCUGCAGAACCCGAAGAGGAGGCCUCAGCAGGAUCCCUGGGAUGAGAUUUCCCUUCUCAAAUACUUGCUUAAGCAGCUGUAUGACUUCAGCCAUCUCUGCCCUCUGACCCAUCCCAUGCUCCCUACAGAGUCCUAUCUCUUUCUCUCAGAUGAGAACCCAUGUAGCCAGGCAUCUGAAGGCUCUGAUGGAGUAUACAGGACUGUUAACACUUAUGUAUCACAUGUGCCUUGCUUCAAGAACAUCCCAAAGAUGUGACAUCUGACCCUGAAAUCGGAGAAGUCCUUAGAACUAGCAUUCGAGGACCUAUGAAUUUUCCCAGAGUGAUUUGUGAUUACCCAAAACAGAGAGAGUUCAGGCUGUGGGGUGGGAAGUCUAGGCAUGCACCAGAGAGCAAAUCCAGUGUAAUCUGAUCUAUCCAUACCAGAAUCUUGGUUUGCUCCUCUGAUGGGAAGCUCAGCCAGUAGCUGCCCAAUGGGGCUAUUCCUCCCCAAAGAUGAAGUGUUAAGAUUGCCUAAGUCCGACAACAUGAGGCUUGGCUUGUCUAAGUACUCAGGCUACUGCUGGAGGCCUGGCCCUCAGGCCCAGGAUUAGCCAAGAGAUCCUACCAUAUUGUCCCAAGACCCCUGUAAAGGAAACUUCGAGUACUUUAGAUGGUGUUUGAUGUUGAAUUAGGUGCAAUGGAUGCCUACACCAACUCCUGGGGUCUUGGCCAUCUCCCUGCUACAGAAGUGAUGCUGCUACCUCAGGAGAUCCUUUGAGACUGAGCCUUGUCUUAGAUGCUGCAGUUACAGCCGGGUGCUAGGGGCUAAGCGCUUCCCAGGGACCAGCAGGAGCAAAUCCUCUUGAGGCUUUGACUCACACCAGUUCUUCCAUCUAGGGCCUUCACAGGCUCACUGACCAUGCAGCAGUCUGGACUGCAGCACAGCAGCCUUCACACUGAAUCAAACUCCCCUGGGGGCUUAGUUUUUUUGUACCUUGAUCUGCAUGGGGGUGAGGGUAGGCUAAUGGAGAAGAAUGAAGGAUAUGACUUCUAUGUUUGAAGAAGCUGGGGCCUUGGAGCCUUUUCUUCCACCUCUUUCCAGCCCCAUCAUAUACUCUUGUUCAGUCCAUAGCUUUACCCUGAUAGAUCGAUCAUAAUGGAAGCUUCCAGAAGUCUGGAGAGAAGGUAUCUCCUCCCCUGUCCCAGCCCACUCUUCUCUCUAGAAAUGUAUCUGUGAAUGUUCUGUAUCUGGGAGAUAUGAAGACAUGUGUUUUGAAUCCAUCAUCUUUUACAGAGCAGGGUUGGUCCCUGUUUGGAAGAACAAGAUUAUAGUUCUAUUCUGGGUAUUUUUUAGAGAGUUCAUAUUUAUAUUUUUAGAGAUUUUUUUUCUCGUAGAAGAAAAUUACAUAAUAAAAUGGUAAUGUGUUUUG